GCCCGGAGCGGCGGCGGCGGCGGCGGCGGCCAUGGCGGCGGCGCGCUUCGACUCGGCCGACCGCUCGGCCUGGUACGUGGGCCCUCUGUCGCGGCAGGAGGCGCAGGGCCGGCUGCAGGGCCAGAGGCACGGCGUCUUCCUGGUGCGCGACUCGUCCACUUGCCCCGGCGACUACGUGCUGUCCGUGUCCGAGAACUCGCGCGUGUCCCACUACAUCAUCAACUCGCUGCCCAACCGGCGCUUCAAGAUCGGCGACCAGGAGUUCGAGCACCUGCCGGCGCUGCUCGAGUUCUACAAGAUCCAUUACCUGGACACGACCACGCUGCUCGAGCCCGCGCCCAGGUAUCCAAGCCCAGCUAUGGGCUCUGCCUCAGCACCCAACCUGCCUCCUGCAGAAGAAAAUGUGGAGUAUGUGCGGACUCUCUAUGAAUUUUCUGGGAACGACCCCGAAGAUCUGGCCUUCAAGAAGGGUGAGAUCUUGGCCAUUGUUGAGAAACCCGAGGAGCAGUGGUGGAGCGCACGCAACAAGGAUGGGCAGGUUGGGAUGAUUCCUGUGCCUUAUGUAGAAAAGCUGGUGAGAUCUUCCCCUCAUGGCAAGCACGGAAAUCGGAAUUCCAACAGUUAUGGGAUCCCCGAACCUGCUCAUGCCUAUGCCCAGCCUCAGACAGCAAAUCCUCUCCCUGCGGUCUCCAGUCCUCCGGGGGCAGUGAUGAGCCCCCUGCCCUCCACCCAGAACGGACCUGUCUUUGCAAAAGCAAUUCAGAAGAGAGUGCCAUGUGCUUACGACAAGACUGCCUUGGCCUUGGAGGUGGGUGACAUCGUGAAAGUGACAAGAAUGAACAUCAACGGCCAGUGGGAAGGUGAAGUCAAUGGCCGCAAGGGGCUCUUCCCUUUCACACACGUCAAGAUCAUUGACCCUCAAAAUCCAGAUGAAAACGAGUGAUUUCUGUUACCCGUGUCUACUGCUGCUGCUACUGCUUCGUGUUCUGGCUCUCAUUAGUAGCAUCCUCUGAAAUGGGAUUCCAUUCUCUCUCACAGGCAAGCUAGGGAGCCUGGCCCAGCUCUCCAGCUUGCUUCCGUUCGGUGGUCUUUUCUACACAUCUGGAAUGCACACAGCUGGCAGCCUUCGGGCCUUGGGGUCGUCGCAGACUUAGCCAAUUGAGGACCUUUUUGGAUCUGAAGCUGGAAAGCCCGAGCAGAAACAUCCAGGCAAAAGGACAUUGAAGAGGAGAGGGGCUGUCUGCCCUCACUCGGAUGCUUUCUUGGCUUCAUCCGAUCAAAUUCAGUUGGAGAAAGAAAACAUUUGGCAAUUAUGCUUGAACUUGGUGCAUAGCUCGUCCUCAGUGAUAACGUGGUGUGCCAGCUUCAUCAUCUUUUUGAGGGGAAUUCAUGGAACUCAAGGAACAGGAGAGAAUUCUGUCCUGUCACAGUAGAAGCUGAAUUGGGACUUGGGGGAAGACUUACUGGAAUGUGUGUUCUGAACGGUCAUAAGUGACAAGUUUUCUCAGUACGAGGAAAUCUGCCUGCCUGUGAGCUUCUGAAGUGAAGUUUGUUUGACUUAAGAAAAAACUACACUGAAGCCAAGGCCUGUCUUUAUAUCACGUUUUCAUUGUUGUAAAUGGUAGCCUGUUUUGCCAUGUGCUGAACAAAAGGAAAAAAACCAUCAUAUUUAA